CUUCUAGCUUGGGUCAGUUCUUUCUUUAAUCUAAUACCAUGAAGUCCACAAAAUUAGCUCUGCUGGUAAAAUCGACCAAGUGCGGGUAAACGGCGGGAGGAACUAAAGUAUCCUGGGCAACGCUCAUUGUUUAAAAAGUUGAAUUUCAGCUUCUGAUGCAGACCUGCUGCACCCUGUUCCUCUACACCAAUGCUCAUCAUAGACCUAACUUUAUUCCAAGCAUUUACCAGAAGAACGCCAAGGCAAAGUGUGGAUGCAUCAAUCCAUUCCCUGGCACUUUAGGAUCAGAACAUAGAAACACAUGCUCUGACUCUCACUGGUGCUUUGUCAAUUGCUCUUCUGAUUGCUACGACGUAAAGCCCACUGACGGAGGGAAGCGAUGCUUUUCAGCAUAUGCCUGCCGGGCUACCAACCUGCUGAACGUAUCUCCAGCAAGCAUAUCAAAAACAAGGACCCCUUCCUCACCAAGUGUAUCAAGAACAAAUAUCCCUUCCUCACCGAAGGUAAAGUGCGCCUGCAUCAAUCCCCUCUCUGGUGCUAAUGCUGUUAUGGGUGAUCCUGACCGAACUUGUGAUGCUCUUGACUACUGCUUUGUGGAAGCGAACGCUGAUUGUUCUGAUGUUCAACCUGCUCCUGGAGAGGGAAGAUGGUAUUCUCAUAAAGCUUGCGAUUUGAAACCAGCAGCAACAACCAUCAUUCCGAGUAUCCCAAUCAACUCUGUAGUAAAGCAACCUGAAACAACAGUGCCUUCAAUCGCUGCUGUUGUUGUUCUUCGUCAAUCAGAUUGAUCUUCGAAUGGUUGAUUAGGCUUAAUGUUAGCAUACUUAACACCACGUAUAAAUUUCACCUUUUAGAAUUUGGUGCUAAAAUUUCUUGUUUUUAAAUCUAAGCAAAAAUGCAAAUCCGUCAUGAUCACGCUUCAGUCUGAAAUUAAUCAGAUUUUACCCUCUGUUCCUAUUUUUUUAUUUCUUGAGGAUGUUCAACUUUUGUGAUAUUUUGUUAUUAGUAAAAACUUUUUUAAAGACAUAUUG